AUGUCGGAAUCAGCAAAAUCAAAGCCUUCCUCCAACAACAACAACAACCAUCCACAACAACAAUCCCAACAACAACACCAGAUAGGCUCUUCUUCGACUUGCUCUUCAUUCACAACGGUACAGAAACAGCAACAAGAAAGGUCGCGACCCACAGAAGAGAAAGAAUUUGAAGGAGCAGACUCUUCGUCAUCAUUAAAUCCAAUCCUUCCGCCAUCAUCUUCUUUGCCAUCAUCAUCACAAUGCCUCAACCAUCCUCAAACUGAAACGAUUUAUUCAUCAUCAUCAUCGCCUCCAUCCACUUCAUCUUCUCCUUCAAACAGUCCACCUUCCAUGAAAACCACCAUCGGAACCACCCAAUACCAAUACCACCCCUCUGAUGUUCUUUAA